GCCAGUUAUAAAUAGACUCGGAGGAAUGUACAGCCAUGCUAGAGAAUCGACGGUAAAAUGUAAUCUGCUUCUUUAACUAUCCAAAUGGACCCCUGGUACAGUGCCAAAGAUGUCCUACUAUGUGAUCUGUGUGAAAUACCUGUUCACCAAAUGUACUGUCACUACUGCGACUUUUGUCAUGUCAAACUCUGUAAGGCCUGUGUAGGGGAGCAUCUCUCUGAUUUAUCUGAAGAACAUAGAGUGGUACCAUUUAAACAAAAGGGAAUCACACCUAACUAUCCCAAAUGCCCAACCCAUGUUGGAAAACUUUGUGAACUUCACUGUAAGGAAUGUGACAUUCCUGUUUGUUCACUCUGUCUGUUGUCCAUCUUCCACAAAGGACAUAAUUUAUUGAACUUGCAGGAGGAAAACAAACCAAAAAAAGAGGCAACAGAAAAAGAUCUUGAUGAAUUAUUAAAUUCAAUAUGCCCAAAAUAUGAAGAAAAUUUAGCAGUGAUACAGAGAGAGAAAACAGGCCUGGAAAAACAUUACGAGAAACUGACCACAGAUGUUGUCAAACGAGGAGAAGACUGGCACAGAGAAAUUAAUGUCGUUGUCAACAAACGAAAAUCUGAAAUUGAUGAGAUGAAAACAAAACACAUGGCUGCUCUAGAUAAACAGGAACAUGAAAUCACUAGUAUAAUCGCAGAAGUGAAUCAGUGUAUUGUUGAUCUGAGGAGAAAACUGGACUCCAACGAUGCCUCUCCUUCUGCAUACAUAUCCAGAAAUGUAGAAUUCAGAAGUUUACCUCCUAAACUCUCAUUACCACAUUUCUGUCCUCUGAAGAUCAACACAGAACAGCUCCAUCAAAUGUUUGGUUCUCUGUCAGAAUUAUCCAUUACAACAGAAGAACAUGACUACACAAUGAAGAAACCAGAUCAUGGUAAUGUGAUGAGGAUACCACAAGCUGUACUCUAUCCUCAAAUGGAACCAGAAGCUGAAUACUGUCCUCCAGUCAAACCACUGCUUGAUGAACCAGAGCUCAUCACCACCAUAGACACUGGGUAUAAAUAUCUAUACAACGUUACUUGUCUCAAUGAUGAAGAAAUCUGGACAUGUGGAUUAGAUAAAAUUAUGAAACUCUACAACCUCCAGGGCAAACUACUGAAGGCAAUCCAAACCAAGUCGGGGAACACACCUCGUGAUAUUGAAAAGACGUGGAGUGGAGAUCUAGUUUACACUGACCCUAAUGCAAGGACUGUUGACAUAGUAUAUAAUAACCAGAUACAGGAAGUGAUCAGACUACGGGACUGGACACCUCACUAUGUUUGUAAUAUCUCAUACGGUGACUUUCUGGUUACCAUGGUUAGUGAUGAUGGAGAACAAUCAAAAGUUGUCCGAUACUCUGGCUCCACAGAAACACAAACCAUUCAGUUUGAUAAUGAAGGUAAACCUCUCUAUUCAUCUGGUGACCUUAAAUACAUCAGUGAGAACAGGAACCUGGAUAUCUGUGUAGCUGACAAUAGAGCUGGUGCAGUAGUUGUGGUUAAUCAGGCAGGAAAACUCCGAUUUAGAUACACUGGUCAUCCCUCUACUGACAAGGGAUCAUUCUAUCCACUUGGUAUCACAACAGAUAGUCAGAGUCACAUACUGACAUCAGACUGUGAAUUCCACUGUAUCCACAUCCUAGAUCAGGAUGGACAGUUCCUCCGUUACAUUGAUAACUGCGAUCUAAAGUAUCCAUGGGGAUUAUGUGUAGACAUGAGUGACAACCUCUUUGUGACCGAGUUGAACAGUGGUAAAGUGAAGAAAAUCAAAUACGAUCAUCAUAUGAUCAGAUAAACGAUGACAUAUAGUCGUUUGACCAGUUUUGAUUUAUGAGUGAAUAAUUAAAUUCAAAAGUGUAAAUAUAAAUUUAUAUGUAAUAACAUUAUAUGUUGAAGGACAAAAUAGCUAUUAAAAGAGCUACAUGUAUAAUUGUUUCAUAUUUUAAAUGACCUCAUCCUUUAAUUUGUCCUUCACUAAUUUCAAGAUCAAAUGUCAAUGAAUUUAUUGUUGUUGGUCCAGUGUGUUAAUGACUUGCAGAUUUAGAAAAAAAAUCAUUAUUCGUAAACAUCAGAAACUCUCAGGGGUUAUAACCUAUAGUUGGGCCAAAAAUCAUUUUGCAAUGAAAAGAUUGGAAAGUCCCCUCAAGUUGUCAAACAGUUAAAACAUUGGCAAAGGUGCUAUAUCCUUUUCCUCCAAUGUACUGUGAUUUCUGUCGUGUUAAACUCUGUAAGGCAUGUGUCUCUCUGAUUUAUCCAAAGAACAUAAAGUUGUCUAAUUUAAACAAAGUGAUUCUGCAUACAAUUAACCAAAAAUACGCCACAUAUAUAAAUAAGCCUUGUGAGCUUCACUGCAGGAAAUGUAACAUUCCUGUUUGUCCCUUUUGUGUAUCUGACAAACAUAACGGGCAUACAUACAUUCCAGAUAUCUUGCACGACUUCAAAAAGGGGGAAAUGAAGAAAGACCUUCAAGAACUGAAAAAGUAUUUUAAAAUAUGAAGAAACUAAAUCAGAGAUAGAUGUUGAAAAAUCAAAUCUAGACAGGGAGUAUGGGAAACUGAUAACAGCAUUCAUAAAAAGGAGAAGACUGGUUCAAAAAAAUUAACAACAUUGUCAAAAAACAAAAAUCUGAAAUAAAUUAGAUAAAAACUAAACAACUAGCUUUGCUACGAAAACAGGAGAGUACAAUCAAACAUAA